CUUUUUUUAAAAGUUAAAAAAAUCAUGUCAUCUUCCCCUACCAAUCAACAACAACAACAAUCAUCAUCCCCAACACCACCCCCUCCACCACCACCACCAACAACUGCAGACACACAACAAAAUAAUUUACUUAUAGCCCCGUCAACUUCAUCUUCUUUAAAUACAGAAAAUAAUAUUAAAGAAUAUAAUAUUUUAUUAAUUGGAAUUAAAAGGAUUAGACAAAUUUUGUUUGAUCAAUUAAAACAAUCAGCACAAAAAUAUGAACAACACAAUCAUUAUACUGAUAUUAGCUACCUAACCUUUGAAUUUAAACAAGGAGAAUUUUCUACUUUGGAAUUAAUGCAAAUUGAUCCUAGAACGACACGCACAGGAGCUCACUUAAUGGCCAUUAGAAAAGCCCACGCAGCUAUUAUUUGUUAUGCUGCACAUAUACCUUCUUCGUUUCAUGUAUUAACUGGAUUUUCUGAAGAUUUUAAUACUAGUCAAUCAGCAGAGGAAAAGGGAGGGAAAGGAAAGGGAAAAAUAGCAAAAAAUACAGCUAGGCCUUCAGCCUCUUUAUUAUUAUGUGACAAUGAUGUAUUAAUUGAAGAGGAUGAAGAUAAAAAUGAAAAAAUAGGGGAAGAAAUUGAAGAAGAAAGGGAUUUAAACAAACCAUUAAUUUCAAAAUUAAAUUUAAAUGGAAAUUUAAAUGAAAAUGAAGAAGAAAGUGAAGAAAAUAUACAAGAAUCACCCAAAAUAAAUACUAAUAAUAAUCAAUCAACACCUAGAUUGAGACGACCAUCAAUGGAAAAAAUGGUAAAGGAAUUGGAUGAUGGAAGAGAUGAAGAUUGGUUAAUUACUCGAGAAAAGGGAGAACAAUUAGCUACAAUGUUUGGACCCGAUUGCCAAUUUAAAUGUUUUUCUUUUUCUGCUUUAAAAGCUGAACAGGAAGCAGUUGAAGCCGAAGGGUUAAAUGACAAUACAUUUAUUGUAACGAUAAUUGAUCGACUUAUAAAAAGGGCUGAGGACGUGAAAAGUGGAAAAAGCACCAAAAACAACACCAAUAAUUCAACUAAUAAUCAUUUAAGAAGACGUAGUAAUUCCCCAACAAAUUUAAAUAGUCGCCGACUUUCCCCUUUAAGCACAAAUUUAAAGAGAAUGUUGCAGGGAGGUACUAAUCAUUUGAAAGGAGGGGGAAAUGCUGUUGUUAAAUUAAUUACAAAGAAGAAAAAUAAUAAUACAAAUGAAGAAAAUAAUACUACAAAUAAUGCUGCUACUAAUACAAAUGUUGAAAAUAAGAAGACAAGUUUGGGAGGAAUGAGACGACUUUUUAGCAGACAAAAAUCUGAGGAACGUAAUAUCCCAGUGAAAAGUGGAAGUACUCUUUCUCUACCAAAUUCACAACAACAACAAGAAACACAACAACAACAACCAACAGAAAAUGGAAAAUCAAACCCUCCUCAAUCAACAUCUACUAGUAUUUUUGGAAACGCUUAUCGUGCAAUAAUAACAAAUCCAAGAGAACGUUUAAAACAAAGAAAUAAUAAAAUAGCUUCUACAGUCCCUUUAGCUGGAAAUGAUGUUGACAACACAACAACUACAAUAGUACAACAACUACCUAGAAAGUCGUUAGCAGCCAUAUCUACUACAAAAAACAGCAAUUUUGAUAUUGUACAAAUACAACCCCCAACAGGGGAAAUAAAUGGAGAACCUUUUAAUUUUAAUAAUGAGGAGAAUCAAGACGAGGAAGAGGAAGAAGAACAGAAGGAAGAAAAUAAAGUCAUCGAACAAAAAAAUGAUGAAGAAAAAAUUGAAAAAGAGGAAGAAGAAAACCAACAAAUACAACAACAACAAACAACCUCACUACAAGAACCUCCUCCUCCAACAAAAAUUAAUAGAUUUAAAAAAUUUGCUAAACAAUCAUCAACUGCUUGUAUCAUUCAAUAA